AUGCUUUCCCUCACGAUCGUCUCGCUCAGCGCGUCUCUUCUUCCCUUGGCCGCGGCGUGGAAGUUGCCGAACGCUUCUCACACCGACAAGCCUCAGCCGGUCGCCGCGGCUUGGUACGCGGGCUGGCAUGCAGAUGUAGGGUUCCCUGUGUCCUCUAUUAGCUGGGACAAGUAUACGCACAUCACAUACUCUUUCGCCGAGACCACGGAGGAUGGCGGUUUGACACUCAACGGCUCCGAGCCCGACGUGCUCCCUAGCUUCGUCGCAGCUGCGAAGAAGAACGGAGUGAAGGCUUUGGUGAGCCUGGGAGGAUGGACUGGAGGGAGGUUCUUCUCGACGGCUGUGGGCUCCGCAGAGAACCGUACUGCAUUCGUCGAAACUGUCGGCUCGUUUGCGGAGGAGUAUGACCUGGAUGGUAUUGACUUCGACUGGGAGUACCCGGGCAACCAAGGCAUUGGCUGCAAUGCCAUCUCCCCCAACGACACCGCCAACUUCCUCACUUUCCUCCAAGAGUUCCGCGCUUCUGAGCAGGGAUCAAAGCUCUUCUUGACUGCCGCCUCGUCGCUUCUGCCUUGGGUUGACGAGAACGGCGACCCGAGCACCAACCUCACUGCCUUCGGUGACGUGCUCGACUACAUCGCCGUGAUGAACUACGACAUCUACGGGUCCUGGGCCGAGACCGCUGGACCCAACGCGCCGCUGUACUCGUCAUGCUCUACUCAGAACGACCAAGGUUCCGCCGAGAUCGGCAUCCAGGCAUGGAUCGACGCUGGCAUCCCUCCCCAAAAGCUCGUCCUCGGUGUACCGUCGUACGGCCACUCGUUCUCAGUCGCGAAGAAGGACGCCCUGGACAAGAAGGGCAAGCUCAACGCGUACCCCGCAUUCAACACCACCUUCCAGCCGCUCGGUGAUAGCUGGGACGACGCGAACCCCGGUCCGGAUGUCUGUGGCAACCCGCAGACCGCUGAGGGCGUAUUCGACUUCUGGGGUCUCGUCGAGGGUGGCUUCCUGAAUGUGCUCGGCGAGCCUGCGCCUGGCAUCAAGUACGAGUUCGAUAACUGCAGCCAGACGCCCGCAGUCUACAACACCACAUCCGAGGUAUGGAUCUCCUACGACAAUGCUCGCUCGUUCUUGGCCAAGGGCGAGUUCAUCAAGAAGCUCGGCCUGCGCGGUUUCGCUAUGUGGGAAGCUGGAGGCGACUACAACGACAUCCUUCUCAACUCCAUCCGCAUCCCCACGAUGUUCCGCUCGCUUUGA